GGGUGCUGCUCUGCUUAUGCAAUUCUAGCCAUGGCGAGUCGGCGACUGCCAGCCACCUGCGGGAGCCCUCGGUCCUUCUGACACGCCGUUCCCUUCGAGUGAUUCUUCUCGCUGGCGCCGGGAGACGCAAUUUCGAGAGCGACAAGGUUGGAGAGCAACACCGCCUCCUAACCAAUGCAACUAUGCGCUUCGUCUUCUUUACAGCGCUCCUGUUAGCCUUCUGUCCAAAUCAUGGAAAAGUCCGAUCAGCUGUCGUGCCAGGGUACCUGGACUUCGACAACUUGCCGGACACGAACUUCUCGUGCGACGGAAAGGUGAUCGGCGGCUACUACGCCGAUGUGGAGACGGGAUGCCAGAUGUUCCACGUGUGCACCAUCGGCCAAAAAGGAGAAAUAACCGACAUAAAGUUCCUGUGCCUCAACGGCACCGUAUUUGACCAGGAGACGAGGGUCUGCGAACGCGUUGACGAAGUGGACUGCAGCAAGACCGAGGGAUUCUACGACCUCAACCUCGAGCUGUACGGAAACAAUGCUGCUCUCAGCUACCACGAGACGGAGGAGGAUCCGGUGACGAUCCCCACGGUGAGCAGUACGCCCUCCACGACGACGACGACGACGACGACGACGACGACGGCGCCGACGACGGCGGCGCAGCUGUCGCUGGGGCUGGGGCUAGGGCUGGGGCGCACACCCGCCUCCACACACUACUCGUCGACGCCGUCGCCGUCGGUGGCUGCGGCGCUGCUCAGCGUGCACUCCGCCCUCAGCAGGGACCGACAUCCCCACCCACACCUCACCGUCCAGGGCGGAGGAAGCAGCGGCGUGCUGAACCCAGCGGACGCCUUCCAGUCGCUGAAGACGUCGGUGGAGCCGCAGCAGUUCGUGUUCUCGUCGACGACGGCCAAGUACUCGAGCCCGGCGAGCCUGUCGGUGUCGGUGCACACGACGAGCGCGCCGCCGGUGGGCGAGCCUCCGCAGCUGCACGUGGUGCACUACCAGCCCGCCCACCACAUCUUCACCACGCCCUCCGUGGCCAUCGUGUCCUCCACCAGGAGCGUGUCCAGCGUCAAGGGCGUCGUCGGCAAGCUGGCGCCCGCCCUCGUCGCCGAAGGUCACUCUCGGGUGCCUAUUAAUAAUUUCGCCUUCGGGAUCAACACGGGGCUAAACCCCCCGCAGUUCUCCGCAGACAACGCGACUGCCCCGGGCCGGCAGUUGCCGGAACUGGCGGCGCACGACCCGUACGGCGAGUACCACGAAGCGGACGACGAGGCCCUCGACUCGUUCUUCAGGGACGUUCCGCGCAUCGCGAAGCAACCCAAACAGGUGCAGAGGCAGAAACGCGCCACCGGCAGAGGGGGCAGAGGUCGCUUCAGGCCGUCGCUGGACGCUCUGAAGGAAGAAUCCGGAGAGGAGGGACCCAGCCCCGAGGGUUCGGAAGUGUUCCCGCAGGAGGCGGCUGCUCCCCGAGCGGACGUCUACUUCCAGAAGAGGCCCAAAGCGCGCGGCCGACCCGACGAACGCCGCAGGAGGCCCCAGGAAGACGCACUGCCCACCGCGGAGGCCUUCUUCAGGAGCACCAGGAUCGGCCAGCUGCAACAGGCGGCGACGCUGGCGCCGACGCCGCGAACUUACACCGGGCCUCUCGUUACGGAACAGCCGAACGAAGUUCAGACGACUACACUAGCGACAGAGACGACGAUCAAACCCCGCGCGGCCACGCAGCAGCUACCUUACGGCCGGGCGAACGAAGUAGACGGGGGUUUCAGUGGACGGCGGACUGCGGCGGGCAGCCGGGGCUACCCCGCCAGCCGCAGGGUGAGCCCAAGCCCCAGCCCCAGCCCCAGUCCCUCCCCCAGGGCGCCGGCGUGCAGGCGCGGGGCCGCGUGCGCCGAGCAGCGCUCGCCCUACCAGGCGGUGCUCGCCGAGGUCUCCCGCAGGCGGCCGGCCGCGGCCAGACAGCCGGAAGCGCUCGCGCCACAGACGUCGCCCGCUCCCGAGCCCGCGGCGGCGGCGGCGGCGGCGACAGCCACGGCGAGGAGCGAGCUCCAGACGACGGUGGACGCGGACGUGAGCACGGCGCCGCCAGAGACCUACGACUCUGCCAGUCCGUACAGUGCGGACUCUCGCAGGCCGUCAGGCAGAGGAGGCCAAGCUCCGCCGGAGACCUACGACUCGGCCGGCCUGUACAGUGCGGACUCUCGCAGGCCGUCGGGCAGAGGCCAAGCGCAGCCAGAGAGCUACGACUCGGCCGGCCCGUACAGUGCGGACUCUCGCAGGCCGUCGGGCAGAGGCCAAGCGCAGCCAGAGAGCUACGACUCAGCCAGGUCGUACAGUGCGGACUCUCGCAGGCCGUCGGGCAGAGGCCAAGCUCAGCCAGACAGCUACGACUCGGCCGGCCCUUACAGUGCGGACGCUCGCAGGCAGUCGGGCAGAGGUCAGUCGCAGCCAGAGAGCUACGACUCGGCCAGCCCGUACAGCGGAGACUCUCGCAGACCUGCCGGCAGAGUCCAGCAGCCGACGCCCGCCAGCAGGCAGAGGUCGAGGAGCCGGUCGCAGCAGGUCGAGCCGGCACAGAGGCGCGCUUCUUCGCGUCCUCCGUCAUACGACUCGAGGACAUCUUACGAGUCGGAGACGUCUUACGAGCAGGCGACUACCGUACAGCAGCCGCAGCCGCCGACAGCACUGCCCGAGACGAGCUUCAGCUGCGCAGACAAGGUUCCCGGAGGCUACUACGCGGACAUCGAGGCCGACUGUCAGCUGUUCCACAUCUGCUCACAGGGCAGGCACGGCAAGAUCACUGAUAACAAGUUUAUGUGUGGUCCCGGCACGAGGUUUAACCAGCAGAGUCGUACUUGUCAAGCACGCGAAUUUGUGGACUGCAGCAUUUCCACGUCAUUAUACCACCUCAACAACCAUUUCCAGCCCACGCAACAAGAAGAUAUGAAUGAUGAACCUGGAUUUGAGCCCCUUAAAGUACGCCGUUCAAAGAGACAAGCCAAAGGUGCUGCAAGAAGUCCAGACUAUAUGGUAGAUAGCUUGCCAGAAACUUCAUUUACUUGUGAAGACAAGCCCACAGAAGGCCUUUAUGCAGAUGUGGAAACACAAUGCCAGGGAUUUCAUCUCUGUCAGAAGGUGAAAGGCGUCAUGACCCUAGUAUCCACAUUUGUAUGCCCACACAAAACAGUUUUCAAUCAGCGUGAGGGAAACUGUGACAACUGGGCAGAUGUUGACUGCAGACUCUACUCACAACCUGAGCACAGCUUUGUCAGGAAACAAAAUAGGAAGCACACACAUAACAAAAGGGAUACAAGCCAAAUAUUGAAACCACUAGACUUAUUCACUUAUUCCAGUGGUGAGUCUGACAAUUUAAAGCAAAAUAUUUCAUCAAAAAUUCACAGUUUUAGUUCCAGAAGCAAGAAUAAUGCAACAAGUACACCAAUAGCUGCAGGUUCCCUGCUCAGAUACAGUAAGCCAUCAAAAACGUCAAGCAGUGAGAAUAAGUUUGAGCAAAGUAACAGAAGAAAAUGGAUGAAAAUGGACCUGAAACUAGAUUUUCCACCAACCACACCUUCAUCUCACAAAAGAAUAAAACAUGAAGUUACUGAUGAAAGCAAUGAAACUGAGGAAGAAUAUUAUGACUAUAUAGAUGACAGUUAUGAAGCUGACCUUGUACCUCCUGAACAGGAAAAUGCAAAUUUGACAGCAUACAAAGACUCCAGUAAGUUUGAAGCUGAUUACAGUACACAUUUACAUUCUAAUAAUGAAAGUAUUGACACAGUAACAACAGAUUUGGCCCAUACUUCUUCAGAUGAGCUUCUAAUAGCAGAUAGCAAUAAAAGUGAUACAGAUUCUAAGGGAACCAUAACUACCUUGCCUUCCGUUAGCAGGUCCAGUAAUAAUCAAGAAAAUGUGAAAAUUUGUGCAGAAAAUGAUACAUGUGACUAUAAAGAUGAGUUGGAACACAUAACAAACAAGGAGGGAACAGUUGGCAGUUCUAAUCAUACUCACAAUACAGAAACCUCACCACAUUCAGCAGAAGAGCAAUUAGCCCAUUUCCCCAGUAAAAAUAAUAAAACAUCAGCACCCUAUAAUGACGAAUAUGAAUAUUAUGAUUACUACAUAGAAGACAUUGAAGACGAAUCAGAUGAAAUAAUUAAUUACCCUAUGGAACAAACAACAGCUUCUGGUCUGGCUCAUGAUAGUGAAUCUUCCCCUGAUGUUAAAAUUUCCAUUCCACACUCACUUACAUCUACUGAAAAAUCAAACUCCUCUACAACUGAAUUGACAGUAUCUUAUACAAAGGUACCUAGCACAGGUGCAAAUGCAAGUGAUUCUGAGGAUAAAUAUAACUUACCAGCAGUAGAAAUAGAAGAGGAUCUUGAAAUUACCCAAAAUAAACACUUGGAAAGCAGUUCCCAGAAAGCCACAAGUGAACAUGAUGGUGAGAAUAACAAACAUAAGAAAUCUGAGAGUGUCCCUGUGACUGAAAGUCCAGAAAUAUCUCUAGAGGAACCUGUUUCACUUGUGGAUGAGAAGUAUGAUUAUUAUGAUUCUGAUUCAAAUGAUGAUGAUGCUCAGCUUAAUGUGACGUACAAGGAAGUUUUGAAUACGAAUUUUGGUUCCACUGAAAGGUCACAAAAAGAUAUAAGUGAUGCAAAGAAAGAAAAUGUCAUGCAUCAGCACAGCACAGAAGCCAUUAAUGAAACAAGCUCUUAUGAACAUGUAAAAGACGUUACAGAAACUCAGGUUCCAGAUAUUGAGCAUCUUAAACUUCCUGAAGUUACAAAUUUUCAUGAAGAGAGGACAGACCAUUCCAUCACCUUACCAUCACUAUUGGAUCAUGGUCACAAAAUGGAUACGGACUUGUUUUCUGGGCCAAAUGUCUUACUAGAAAAUGGAUUGCCUGUGGUUCUUAACACAACUCUGGAUGAUCAAAACACUGGAAAUUUAGUUUCAGAAAAUGUUGCACAAUUUAAUUCAAGUAGUCUUCCACAAUAUACUGAAAAACACAUAAAAGAAUCUGAUGAAAAUAAUAACCAGUUUCAAAAUCCAUUACAAAAUGAUGGUAAGGAAGCCAAAAGAAACAGUUCAUCUGAAAAUACAACGCUUCGUACUACAACUUCACAAGGUACUUCUACUCUUCAAAUUCCUAACCUUUUUCACCCACCCAAGCCACACCUAGCCUAUCAUGUAAGACACUCAACUCCUCUGCUUCCCCCAGUAGUCAUUCGAUCAAAAGAUGGUGCCAAUCACAAAUCUAGAGUUAGGAACAACAGGCAUAAAACUAAGAAAACACAAAAUGAUGAGAUACAUACAACAACUGAGACUUUCAUAAAAAGUGAAAAUGACCCCAUUAUAUCAGUAUCUGAUAAUUACUUUUCAACAGAUAAGGAACUUAUCCCAAAUAAAGAUGAGAUAACAUCAACAGACUCAACAAAGAACACAGGAAAUAUGUUAAGAAUUUUAGGUACAGUGAAUGAAUUCAAAGUGGAACAAAAGACAGAGCCAAUUUUUCAGCAAGAUACUUCCACACAUCCUGAAGAAUCCAUAACAGUGGUGCCAUCUACAGAAAUUGCUCUUGGGCAGGCUGUAUUAGAAAACGACUUCAGAGUAAAGACUGAUGGCUUAGAUAGCUGCAAAGGAAAUGCUGGCUGUUUACAUGUGCAAAGUCAGUAUACAACCUUGUCUCCUGUCAGUUACAAGUUUCAUAAUAAACAUACUGAUCACUUAUCACAUGUAUCUCAAACUGCUGGAUUUCUAUCUGAACACACUGAGAAGAACCUACAACAGCCAAACUCCCUUGAACAAAUUACUUUCCAAAAAUUUAAGGGUAGUGAAGGGAAAACAAAGUCAGAUGAACAAGUAUUAGGGACUGACAUUCCACCGACAUCAUCAGGAAAUAAUGUGGAUUAUGUAACAAUAACACCCAAGGUACAGUCAUUGAAAGAUGCAUCUGAAACAGUUACUACUGAAUCUCUGUUUCCCACAUACACACUAUCUGCUAUUAAUGCCCAAACCAAUCAAAAAUCAAAUCAUGACAGUUCAAGGUUUGUGUGCUCCAGUAAAGAACUUUAUCGCUACUAUCCAGACCCAUUAGACUGUCGUAUCUUCCACUAUUGUUCUCAUGGUUUCCAUAACCAACAAGUACUAGAUUUCAGGUUCAUGUGUGAAAAUGGUACAGCCUUCAGUACAGACACUCAAAAAUGUGAAAAUGAAGAGGAAGUACAAAGCUGUUCCAUGACUAAAAAAUAAUGUGGCCAUUUACAGCUUACAGUCCUGUUGAAAUACAAAAUAAACAAUGAAACUGAAGCUGAUUAUUAUAAUUGGCUUAUUGUUGUGCUGAUCUGAACUGUGUUCACCGCUACAAUGGACAUUAAUUCAAAGUUGAAUUAGUGUUGCUUUGAUGACUGAAGUAAUAUAUUCUUCUAAACUUAUAUUGUACAUUAUAAGUAAUAGAGUUAAACCUUUUCUGGAAAACAGCAUAGGAUAUUUCAUGACAGCAGCAACAAUACCUUGUAUAUUGUGCUGAAAUGAAUUUAUCAAAUAACUUCAUUAUUGAAGUUUUGUCUAUGUGCUUUUCCGUAAAGGUUUUACUGUGUUACUAAUCAUUAAGCUUUUGUUUAUAUUUGUAGUAAAUACUCAUUAAAUACUGUGAAAAUGUGAAUAGUGUUUCUUGCAAAUGUCUGAACAAUUCUAAUGGAUUUUUAUAGGCCCUGACAGUUAUGUAAAUGUUCGAAAUUUAAAUGAAACAGGUUUUGUUUCCUAAUGCUGUAUUUAAAAGAAAAAUUAAUUUCAUUAUAAAAUUGUGUAUUAUAUGUUGAAAGAUUUUCUGUUUGUUAUCAUUUUCAUUAUUUUCCCAUAGCUGAACUAUGAUGUUUUCUGUACCCACAUAAUCUAUCCUUGGAGUGAUAUGAACUACUUUCAUACCAUGCUUUUGGAAUACGUGAUACAAAAUGCACAACUGUAGAAUUAAGUGUGCUUUCCCAUGUGAGCAAACUGUUGAUUCAUCUUGAAAAUGCUCUUGUGGUUUCCUGCUGUGUAAAGUCAGUCGAAUCUAUCUUUGUUCUCUACCUUGUGACUCAAAAUUCAUACUGAAGGUGGAAGGAAUAUUUUCCAUGAACAUAAGAAUAUUUCUGGUCUGGACUACUGGUACUUACCUAGAAUUACAACUUGCCUCCAGAAAACAAUGGAGAAACACUUUCUUACAUAUCAUUGUAAUUCAAACUUAUUUCAAAUAUAAAUAUGGAUACUGUAUAGUUUGUUAUGCCUCUCUAGGCUCUGUCUUUAGAACUACAUACAUCAUCUUUCAUUACACCCAAUAUUUAUUUUUCAAACCAAAGUUUCCUUAAGUAGUUACCUGUGGUAAGCUUGUAUAUAUUUCACCUUUAAGGAAAACUCUUACAAUUAAUACAUCUCUUUCUGAUGAACAUUACAAUUUACAUAUUUAGUUUUCAAUUUGCUUAUUUAUUUAUAUUCUAAGAGUUUAACUGUUACCUGAAUUGCCAACUUCCCCAAAUAGAACAGUGUGAAGAACACUAACUGGACAGACAGGAAUAUGAACCAGACUGAGAUUAAAUUCAUGUAGUGGAUUAACGACUGUUAGUCUGGUACAUCAGCCAGCCUGAAUGUGGCUUUUAUGCAUUUUUCUACACUUAUAAAGGCAACUGCUGGACUGGUCUCCAAUCUCAGCUUUAGGAAAUAAGAUCAGAAAUAGUCAUAACACAGAAUACUUACAUGAUUCACAGACAGACCGUGCACUUGAAUGAAGCUAUCCUGUUGAGUGUGGCACCAGAAAGGGCAUCAAACCACAAAGUUAAAGUAAAAUAUUUUUAAAAAAUGCCAAGUCAUGAAAACAUAUGAUAGGAUAUAUUCUAAGUGACAUAGAACUGUUAGGAUGCUAUCCAGAAUAUUUGCAAACUGUGGUCACUUCUGGUGCACAAUCUAGAUAAAGAGGUAAUAAGUAAAUUGUGCUCCAUACAAAGAACACAAGGUCAAUGGUUCAAAUGCACAUACAGCUGUCCUUAUUUAGGUUCUCUGUGAUUUCCCUAAAUCGUUUCAGGCAAAUUCAAGGAUGGUUCCUUUGAAAGAACAUGGCCGACUUCAUUCUCCAUCCAUCCCCAAUCCAAUGGGAUCGAUGACCUAGAUAUUUGGUCCCCUCCCCUGAAUCAACGAACCAAUCAUACUAGCUAAAGUUAUACCAGUUUGUUACACCAGUAAAGUAGUGCAUAUAGAUAUUCAGAAAAUAGACUUCAGUAUAAGAAAUUAGUUAUAGUUACAGUAUAAUGUUACAGUCAACCAUUUUUAAUUCCUAACUCAUGAGGUGUGGUCUCUCAGACCACAUGACAAUUUUUGAACUCACUCUCCAAGGUAAGCUCUGGUGGAAUGCUUCUAUACUCCUUUGUACCCUCCUUAAGUCACUAACCCCUGAAUGUUUUAUUGGCAGUUGCAUUAUCGCCUUAUUUGUUGGUUGUUGACACAUGAUGGGUUUCCUAGACUGUGCAUUGUGGACUACAUACCCAUAUUCUAGAGUACAGCACAAAAUGUGUUCACAGGAACACAUCAUUUUUAACACUCCAUAGUUUGAUGAAACUAUUGAUAGAAGGAGAAAGCUGUCAGUGGUAUACAUUAAGAAAUAGAUGAAAAUGACAAUGAUUUUGUAUCACCCAUUGAUUUCAAUUCUGCAAGUAAAUAAAGGAUCAUUCAGAGGAAGAACUUCAGACCUAUGGUGAUCAAAACCUUUCUGUUUCUCUAGCAAAAUAUGUUAACUGUUAAGUAAAAUUAAAUGUGUUCUAAGUGGUUGUAAAUAAAAUUGUAGACCCAGCACUGAAUGCCAAUCCUGUAGACUUCCUUUUUAUACCUAUUGAGUGCAAUUUAUAUAUGCAAAUUUA